UUCUACCCGUUCGACUACGAGUGUGUGUCCAGUCUGACCACCUUCGAGCACCUGGUUUACCUGUGUCAGAACUCUGGGAGUCCAAGUCCUGAUGCUGUCGCCUCUCGCCAGUCCAGCCCACGCUCAACUCCUGGCCAGCGACUGGGUGCCAAGAAAGAGGAAAGCGUCCGCUCUGAGCCAACAGUCAACUUCAUCCCCUUCCCCUUUGACCUACAGUCCAUCUUGCCCCGAAGCCAACAGGCCGAGCUUCUAUUCUCCACUUUCCUCAUCAGAGAUGGAAGUCGAGUGUCCCAAGACGUGGUCCUGGACCCCAAGGAGCCCAAUGAGCUGCUCCUGAGCCUGUUCUUUGACAAGCUCAAAGAGACACACUCCAACGAGAUCCUCAUCUCAGCCGACGACUGCUACAGGUUUCUCCAGCAUGUCCUUCAGAGACCCAGAGAUCUGGGCACUUGCCCUCUCCCUUUUGCCUACAGGCCCGAUGCCACGUUCUCUUCUCCCACUGGCUUCUCUUUUGAGCAUGGACCCGUGUCAGAAACUGACAAUGAGACCACGGACGCCUCAUCAUCUACCACCAAGCGGACAGGUGACCCGAGCUCCCACAGAAAGUCUGGAGGAGAGAGCAGCUCUGGGGGGCACCACAUAUCGGCCCCUCGUUCAGCCGGUGGGGAACAGGACAGCGGUGGCAAGAGCCAGCAGACGACGCCUCAGAACGAAUCGGCAGCCAAACACUUCCACAGCAAGUAUUUCUCCACGCCGCCCCAGACUGCAGCCAACACGUCUUCGGGUCCGCCUCACAGCGACUCCACGUCCACUUACCUCAACAGCUCCGGCCAGUUUACCUCGCUUGGGGGCACCUCCUCCUCUUCCCCAGCCGGAGGUGGGGGGAAGAGGCCAAAGUUCAAGAGGUCAGAGUCGGUGCACUGCCCCAUGUGGAAGUGUUACGUGAAGAUGGACAUUGGAGAGCACCUGCUGCUUACCUUUGUGCCGGCCAGUUUUGACGACCUGAUUCUACUGAACCCUUCCCCGGCUGAUGUCUCUCCAGAGGAUCUGUCCACCAACGAAGGUGCAGAUGGGUUUUCGUUACCGGAAAAGGUUCAGGUCCCCCCAGACAGAUCAAGCCACUCCCUGGACCCAGGACAAGAAGGCAAGCACAGUUCAGCCCGAGAUGACACGACGUCUGUCCAGAGCCAAAACCAGAGCUCCUGGUCCCACGUGCCCUCAGAGACUCACGCUGCUGACCAAGGCUUUAGAGGGUCAGCCGUAGAAGGUCGCGCCUCCAUGUCGCCCAACAGGGAGAUGAGGAAUGAAAAAGUGCAGGAAUGGGUUAACACAAGUACCCACUCCAUGAAGCCCACUGUGAGUGGUCCGUUGCUCAUCCCCGUCUACGUCUACAGCUGUCAGCUCAAGAACGUCACGGCAUCGCUUGUAGAUAGAUGGAACUUUUCCUUGCCGGAGGAUAUCUUUGAGGACAUGUCGUUCAAGUCAGAUCCGACAAGUGAUGUGAAGUCCCCACGCUCACCACGGGGGCGCCUGCAAUCCUUUGACCUUCACAACGAUGAUGAGGACCAGGACUCUUGGCGCAGCUCGCUUGACCGUCGGUCAACGGACAGCAACCAUUUCAGGCUAGAAUCCUUCAAAGAGCACUGCAAGAUGAUCACUGAGCUGUACUUCAAUUCAUUUGUCACUGGAGUGUUCCUGAGCCUUCAGCAGAGCUACUUUGUGGACAGCCAGGACGUGGAGGCGGCCAUCAACAACAUCUGUGAGGAGCUACACCCCCUGGAGACUGACAUGACCACCUACCUGCUAGCCUCCUGCUCGCACAUGCAGACGCUGGUACAGCAGGCCAGGUGGCGGGAGAGAGGGGAGGCGAAUCGAGGAGGGGGUGGAGGGGGAGGAGGAGGGCCCAGGUUAGGAGGGGUUGGGAUGCUCAAGAACCCGUCUGUGCGUUUCCAGGACUUGGCAGAUUAUUUCCGAGACGAGGAGAGCCCAAAGUUGCCUGACGUCUUACAACUGCCAAGCCACAGCGCGGAAGUGUGCGACAAGGACUGGUGUAACCUCAGCCCAGACACCUGCCAGCAGUCCAAGGAGGAGCAGGCCCUGGCCAAAGUGAUUAGAGCUAAAUUCCAGGCAGCCAUCCUGAAAUGUCUGAAGCCGGUGCCCACCAUGGAAGACUUUUACUUUUACAACCCGUCAUCGCUGCAAAUCAAACCUACGGAUGAAGAACCAACUGAUGAGAGCAUGUCGGAGAGACCUGAAACGGAUGAUGUGUACUUCUCAAACAAGAAAGCGUUGUUGGUGUCGAUGGCAGACGAGAACCCAGAGGCAGAGGACAACGCCGCUUCGCUUCCAGAGCACUGCAUGGACUCAGUGGGCACAUCUAUGGAGUCGAACCACGACGAGUUGUCCCAGGGCUCGUUUGAUGAGAACGCCUCUAACAUCUCCACCGAGCGGGACCCGCUCCCUCUGUUUGUCCACUUUACAUGCACCGUGAAGCAGAAGUCCAAUUGUCAGCACAUGUCUGUGCGCAGCAUGCCUCUCUGUUUUGGCGAAGUAACAUGCGGACUGGUGGAGCCCUUGAAAAGCUUAGACUUCCCUGACUUUAAGGUCACAUUUGACAUAAACUGCCUGACUUUGCUGGACGAUGUGGAGCCGGCAUUCCCGAGAAAACCGUCCUACUUGAGGCUCAUCUCCAGUGGCAGUCAGACCGGGGAAGGGGGGAAGGAAGGCCCAGAUGGGGAGGAGGGCCCUUCUGCCGAUGUUCUGUCGUCCAAACCACUAGGUGACCCAAUCAGUCACUUGUCCAAGCUACAGCAUUCAGCUGUGUACAGUUUUAAAGAUGAGAUUGAGUCUCUUAUGCUGGAAGAGGUGGUGUCCUCCCUGAGACACAUGCACCCCAUCUCGUCCGACACACUGACGUUUGUGGCUGAUCACAUCCGCAGUGCCAUAGUGCACACCCAGUGCAACACGGUGCAGUACCAAUGCAUCAACCUCCAGUUUGUGUAUGGGGCGGAGCAGAGUCUCAACAUGUUCAUUGAGGAAUUUGAAAGGCAAAACCUGCCGGGCUAUCGUGUGACCAAGGAGGGCGACUACUACUUCCUGAUCGUGAACAAAGCCCUGGCACACCAGCUGCGGUACGCGCAGCAGAUCAAGUCGGCUUUUAACAGCCUCGAUCUAGUCGCGAGGGAGAGGGAAGGAGGGGAGGAGGCGGAUGAAAGCGCAAUCAUCUCGAAGGAGGAAAGGAGCUUCAGCCUGCCCAACAUAUUCUCCAAUCCCCCAGAGGAGGGUGGUGAGAUGGAUUCGGGUGGUGAUCCCCCGUCGUUUGUUGUCGGGGGUCAGGUGGACAUGAGGAGCUCGGAGUCGCAGGUGGCCAACAUGCGACCUCGCAGCAGCUCAGAUGUCAAGUCUCGAGCUCGGCCACGCUCAGUUAUGGACAAGCGAGGGCAAGAAGACGAGAAACCUCUGAAGCCUCUGGUUCCUGAGGUCCCGGUGUCACCGACAGAAGGCAAGGUGCAGAUGGUGCUAACGAGUCCUGUAGAGGUGCUCAGGAUCAAGGAGCAGAAUGAUGCUGACAAAAACUUGAAAAAGUCGAGCAGCUUCGCAGGGCUGCAGGGCAGUCAGGUGAGGUCACCGGGUACGGUGGCUUGCUCCGUGCGAAGUCGUCACUGCUCCGCCCCUUCUGGCCACACAUCAGCCUCACGGGCUGGCAUUUUUCCGCAGUCGCCGUCGGUCAUCUCGUCCAGAGAGUCCACCACCAGCGAGGGUUUUGACGGAGACAUCAGCGACAUGGAGCAAGAUGAGACAGCGUCCAUGUCGGAUAUCAGCUCCACUCAUUCUGAGCUGCCCGACUUCUGGCUACUGAUGCAGAUCCACCCGGACAAGACUGAGGUCCUCUUUCAUUCCCGAGAACCUUUGGACGGAGAGUCCCUGAUCAGCAUGGAGCACCAAGCUCUCUACUCAAAGGUCACCGAUAACAUCCACAUGGUCUGCCGCAAAGUCAAUCAGGCUUUACUCCUGAAGGAGCUGAACAAGACCAAAGUCUGCAAUGCCUUGCUGGUGCCCGAGGCUGAUGAGGACUUUACCUGGACCAGUCGGCGCACGCUCUCUGGCCGAUCUGUGCCUGACGGCUAUGAGGUAGAAGAGGAGGAUGACAGUGAGGAAGGUCAAGGCUACCUGGCAGCCAGCAUGAUCUACAGCCCGGGUUCGUUUGCCUGCGACGUGGUCUGGCGCCACCACUUCACCCUCCACCCGCGCCUCAAGUCGUGCGUGCAGCGCGGCGGCGCGCCCAUGGGUGUGCUGGUGCUUCGCAGCGUGCUCAACAAGUUUGUGGUCAGCAACAGGAAAAACAUGUUUGUCAUCGAAGAGCUGUCCUCCAGAAAUGUUUUCUAUUUGAGGCUGAGGGAGUUGCAGGUGACUCAAGAGGCCGGGGAAUUUGACUUGGAGGCUUCUCUCUCCGACUCGGCUCACUUUGCCCAGCUUCGCUCCGAGCCAUCUAGAACUGACAGCGACACGGUGUCCCUGACGUCAAGUCUAGGCCGCCAGUCGUCCAGAAUUGAGGAAAUUGUGGAGCUCACCAUUCACGGCAUCGAAGAGACUGGCAAAGAGAUCAAGGACGACCUGAUGAAGAUGCUCCAGAACAAACUGGACGAUGCUUUGCUGGACGCCCUCUGUGUCAUGCUCAGCAGAAACCCUCAGUGCAAGCUCAAACCCGACGAUAUUUAUUUCAUUCAAAAGCCCCGCAAGGAAGCAAUGGAGACUCUCCUGUUGACUAUCCCAGGCCACUGUUCCAUGUACCUGGCUGCCCUCAUGUACUACCUCAGGCAGAACCUGCUGCAGUUCCUGCACACUCCCAACUACGUGGACUCCAACCCCAACUCCAAGUUUCAGGAUGUGAUUGAUGGAGUGUGGCGGGCAAUUCCCUCUGACAAGGUGUAUCUGUACAACAGACCGCAACCUAGUGGAGGAAAAGGCAUUGCCUGCAUCAGUGUGGGCCUGGUGGAUGGUCAGGGUUACGAGGUCAAGCUCCUUAACUGCCCGUCUCCCGUCCGCAAUACCAGCAUGUCUGCCACAGACCCCAGCGAGUUUCCCCGUAUGGUCCACACCACAGUGCACGAGCGGGUGGCCUCCUCAAGACCUGGACCCACUGCCCUCAUCCAGUUCCGGCUGUGGGAAUGCGGUAACUGUGACCUGAAGGUGAUCAAGGAUCGACUGACGGCGGCCGUGAGACACUCCCUGUGUGACAUCGUGAUGGAGUACCUCAUGCUGACUGCUCCCGUCUGUCAGGUGCCCAGGAACCUCAUGGACAUGGCGGCCCAGCCCGUAGCUUCCCUCCCCGCCUCGCCGGUCAAGAUGCCGUCUGAGAAUAUGGAGCGUCGUCACAACAUGCUGACCCGCAAGCUGUCCGUGGACCCGCCCCACAGCGUGACUUCCUCUGUCUCCAUGCUGUCCUCCUUCGUGGACCUCAAGGCCUCUGGCGCCAUCUCCAGCGAGGCAACAGGAAAGUGCCUGGACUUUUCUACGGCCCCUCUCUCAGCCAAUGACCACAUCUCCCUCCCACGCACGCCUAUCAUGAGCACAGGCAGCAAAGUGGCGGGGCCGAGGGAAAGCAGCAGUGUAUCGGAGGCUCGACUGAUCCAGCAGACCAUCUCCAAGUACGAGAGUGGAGAGAAGGGGAGCCUGCACCCAGUGUUCUGCUCUCUCAUCGAGCCAUGGAUUACAUUUUGCCAUACCAUUGGUGUGCCUUCUGUGUCCAAGACAAAGUUCCAGUUCCAAUCCAAGUUUUCAGUGGACUUUGUCGUGAAAGAGCUGCUCCAGUCUGUUCCCACCAUCUCCAACGACACGACCUUGAGGACCUUUAAGGUCGUGGACAGCGCAUCUUCGAUGCAGCCUCCUUACGGUGUCCCGUACACUCCCUGUAAAUCCUCUCCGAAGGAUGUUCAAAUGUCCCGAAUGCUUGAGAAUGUCACAUCUGCCGGAGGUCAUCUGUCUCUCAUGGCCGUGGGCAGAAACGUUGACCAGUGGCAGCUGACCGUACAGGACCACGCGGACAACGUGCCUGUCUUCCCUGCCAGUGUCCUCAGGGCGUACCGAGGCACUCAGAAGUACUUGCCCCAGGUUCCCCCAGAAGGAGAUCCCAAGUCCUCUGAGCUCUCCAGGCCCAGGUCGGCAGAAAAAGAUUUUGUUCCCAGACAGAAAUUGCUGAUCAUAGUGUGCGAAGGGAAAGAGAUGACCCUGCUGCUCUACAACUGGUCAUCUGACCUAUCCAGCCAGGUGGAGAAGACAGUGACCCGCCUCAUCCAGUGGAACAACGCCCGCUCCCACGUCCUGGACAGCAUCGUGGCCCAGAAGAUGGGACUUUUCCACCACUCCACCUUCUCUGACUUGCAGCACUCAGUGAGUCAGAAUCCAUUCACCCAGUCCAGCGCAGAAGUGGACAGCCUGAUCCGGUACCACGCCCCUCCCCGUGACUACCAGCGGCGACACAGCAGCCUGUCGGCCAAGGAGCGGGAACGUACCUACUCCCGCUCCAUCAAGCGCAUGAUCCCGUUUGACCAGACAUACAAGAACCUCCCGCCUCCCAAACUGUUGGACAAACUGGUGUGCAACGUGGCAAGUGACCCCGUGCUGCGACAUGGCGUCCAGACACAGGAUAACAGAUCACACACUCGACAAGAGAAGGCACAGCAGCAGCUGCAGCCUCACCAGCCAGGCCUCUGUCUACGCAAAGAGGCUGGUGCCAUUGAGGAAAAAGUACCUCUUUCCAGUAUAAACGAUGCUGUCUACCAGCAAGGUAUCCACCUUAAUGAAACACAGAAAUUCCUGUCUGAAGAGGAAGAACGUACCAAGCUGUAUCAGCUGUACAUAGGAUGGUCGGAGACCAACUGGAAGACUUCAGCCAACCCACCAGUCUCUGAAGACUACCUCAUCCAACUGAAGCGAGCGGGGCGGCUGUUCCACUACUGCGCCACCCCCCUCAUCUUCUCGGCCUCGUGGAGACAGAACGUUGUCCAGAAGACCACGGCCAAGGCCGACAGAUGGCGUCAGGACGGAGGAGCUCACCGAGACCAUCACUCGGCACCGACGCAGUCAUCCUCCUCUUCCACCCUCAUCAGCGGCGCGGGGGCGGCAGCAGCAGGGGGAGCAACAACGCCCACACCAGGGUCGGCUGCCACCACCCCAGCCACGCCCGACAAGGGUCAGAGGACGAGGUCAAGGCACAGUUCUGGCGCCUCCAACAUCAGUGUCAAGGUCAGGUUCCCCGAAGAGAUGACCCGGAAGGGGUCAGAGGCCAGCGCCAUCGGGCGUACGAGGAGUCGAGCGGCGGACGAAGAAGAGCCGUGGCACAUGGAGCUCAAGCAGCGGUUCAUGGCGGAGUACAAGCAGUACCUGGUGUCCGAGCUGGGAUUCAUCAAGCUCAACGUGCAGCCCGCCAUGCACAAGAGGUCCAGUCACGGCUCUGGGGCCUCUGCCGAUGGCACCGACAGCCGCAAGUCGACCAUCAACCUGCAGAAGACGCUGACAGGAGGCAUCAUCGUCAUGGAGCUCAGCUUCCACCAGGAGUUCUUCUGUGUCAAGAUGUUUGCAGUGGACUGCUCACAGCUCCGGGUCAUCGUCAACAAACAG